AGUGACCGAAGAAGAAGAAACUCGCUUCCAAGAUGGUGGCCACCAGGAGUGGACUCCGUGUGGACUCUUCAAGUGAAACAACUCAGAAGAACUCGUCUUCAGUUCAGGCCACUCCUUCCGCUGGCCGCAGAACCAGGAGCACAGCUCAACAAGCAGAGGGUCGUGUCCAGCAGACCUGUGAAGAGCCCAGCAGUCAGCUCUCCUUAACUCCGGUCACCUCCACUAAAAGAUGCACCAGAAAAUCGAGGCUCCACAGUCCACCGCUGCCUUCCACACCCGUGGACUCGGUCCACGAUGCCGACGUAUCAGACGUGGAGUCUGCUUGCUCGGCAGUCUCUACAACUGCACCCCCAGUAACGCGGUCCAGGGUGAAAACCAGACUGCUGCGAGCUGGAAGUCUGGAACAUGAGGAAAUUUCGGAGGUGGAGUCGUGCUCCUCUGUUGCAUCUACGUCAAAAUCUGGCCUCAGAAGCAGCCGGAGCACCAGAAGAAAACUUGCUCCUCAGAGUUCUGAUUCGGCUCCGGCCGAGAGAGACGUCAAACCAGACCUGGGGUCUGAAGCUGAGUCCUGCAGCUCUGUGAUGUCCAAAUCCCAGAGAGUUCCAAGAGGUCAGAAGAAAGCUCCUCUGACCAGAUCCUGUGUUAAACUGCAGACUGUGGGUUCUGAGGUGUCAGACUCUGACAGCUGUACCUCCAGCAGCUUAGGACGAGCGUCCAGAAGACGACCGCGUCCAAUUCCCAUCAGCUUAGAAGACAUGUCAGAAAGCUCCCAGUCUCCUCAGACAGGUCGACAGACCAGGGCAACAGGAAGGAAGGCAGCAGCCCCCGUAGACGUCACAGAGACCCCUUCUUAUGACUCAGAAGGCUUUGAGUCUGGACCUACUUACAGUUUAAGCAGAAAUAACAAAAAGCAGCCGACAGGUCGCAAAGCUGAGGAUUCAGAAAUCGAGGCGAUGGAUAUCAGUUCCUCGUUCGGCAGCCCCUGCUCCACACAAAGCGGAGAGACCCCCAGCAGCAGCCGUGCGAACUCCCGGACCAGCAGUCGGGGGCGUCUAGCCUCCAGGCGUUCUGCUAGGAAACCUGUCAGCGUUCCAGAAGUGACUGCAGAGUCAGCUGACUGCAGGUUAGAGAGCACCCUGACUGCAGGCGAUGAAGACCGCACCCUGCUGGAGGAGGGUCACCUCCAAACAUCUGAAGGUGUGAACGAUCCUUGUUCCAGUGACGCAGACACACAGAUAGAAAACAGGGAUGUUCCAAACACCUCUGCAGAGGAGUCUCAUAUCUCUGCACCAGCUUGUGCUGAAAAGGCCGAUGAAGAAUCUGCAGUGAUCACCAAAGACCAGGAGGAGGAGCUGUCUCCUGAAGAUAAAGACGAGGAUGCCUCAGAUGUGGAAAUGAUGCAGGAAACAGUCCCACCAUCGGAGCGAGCGCAGCCCAGCCCAUCUGUCGCCGUAACGACACCUGAGGAGGCCUCUGAAACCACAGAGGAGGUCGUGGAGAAGCAGGAAGCUGCUGAUGUGACUGAGGAAGAGGAGGAAGUCAGCAGGUUGAAAACAGACACUCAGAAGGUGGUCGAAGACCCUGUUCAAAGCACAAAAACAGUCAGCCUGCUGGACAGCAGUGAUGAUGAUGAUGAUGACUCUGGUGAAGAGCAGGAAUGUGAAGAGGAAGAAGAGAAAAGAGGAGGACCUUCCAACAUGUCUGCUGAAUCCGUUAAAGGCCUGUUUAUGAUUGACACGCGGCCCGGACAGGAUGCUGAUGAGCUGUACUACAGAGAGGAUGAGGAGGUCACUAACAAGACACACCAGGAGGAGGAGGAGGAAGAUGAGGAGUUUGUGGAUGAAGAGGAGGAGGAGGAUGACGAGGACACGCAGAUCCUCUUUUCAAGCAGAAGUGCUCAUCUAAAAGAGAUGUCCAGCCGUAUUGACCCCGGCAUCAGAGUGAAGGAGCUCGGGGGUUUGUACAUCAGUUUUGAUGGCAGCAAAUCAAAACCCGUCUCCAGUUCACUGCCGAAGCUGAAGGAAAAGAAGAACCUAGAUGAGGUGAUGAAGAAGAGUGUGAUUGGACCAGACUUUGAAAAGAAGGAUGCAGUGCCUCCAUAUAGUGAAUCAAAACAAGCCUUAAAGCUCAAACACAGAGCAGAGAGGGAGAUGUCAACAGGAGAUGGCUGGUUUAACAUGAAGGCCCCAGAGCUCACCCAGGAGCUGAAAGGAGACCUCAAAGUCCUGAAGAUGAGAGGCUCUCUGGAUCCUAAGAGGUUUUACAAGAAGAACGACAGAGAUGGCUUUCCCAAGUAUUUCCAGAUCGGCACAGUGGUGGAUAACUCUGCUGACUUCUACCAUUCCCAAAUCCCUAAGAAGGAGAGGAAGAGAACUAUGGUGGAGGAGCUGCUGGCUGAUGCAGACUUCAGACACAAAAACAAAAAGAGGUACCAGCAGAUAAUGGCAGAGAAAGCAGCACUUGGAGCUGACAGGAGGAGGAGAAAGAAGAAAUUCCACAAGAAGUGAAGAUCUAAUGAAUACUGAUGCUAAGGCUUUUUAUUAAUACUGAUCUUUAUUACUUCAUUGAAAUAAAAACAAAUCUUUACUGAAUCCUGACAUUUGAAAGAGUUAAAAUGGACUAACUGUAUGAAAGACUGAUCUGAAGAUAAUGUAGUUUUUAAUUCAAAUCACUGACAUUCAGUUUUCUGUCUACGUGCUGUACAACAUAACACAAUAAAAGCAUUUUUAUCCGC